GUGAAAAGGCCCAUAUAGAUACCUUCUGUCAAAGCUGCAGUUUGUUUUCUUCUGUAUCGAAGUGUUUAUUCGUCGUAGCCGUAUUUAUUAUUCCGAAAAAUAAUAUAAUAACUUCGAUGAAGAUUCGUCUAACGAAAAUUCCAACCAGUAAGUUUGAGUACCUGACCAAACUUAAUUACUGGAAGUUCACCGCAGCGUAUUUAGAAGGAUUAGAUGACGACUACCCGUUAUAGUUAACUAGAACUGCAUGACCAAUAAUGAUGAAUUCGAUGGUAGACCAAUCGGUACAUCCGGUUGUGACAGUUCCUCAAAUCGUAUCAGUCGUUUCGGAAGUUGAUCAUCAACCAUGUGAUGUGCAAAUAAUGUCAAGUGACAGUCGGCUUUCAAGCGCCCCUCCAGAGGAGUUAGCGUCAAUCUUCGACGAUGGCGAGAAAGGCCUCACUGAAGAGAUUAUCGAAUAUGUCGCUGGAUCCAUGCCAUCUCCUUCCGAAGGAUGCGAAGAAGCUGAACAAAGCAAAGUAAACAUUGAAAGUCAGUCAAACACAGCCAGUAUGGAAAUGUUAUAUCCGAGUGAGCAGAAUCAAGAUGAAUCAAAUCAACCGAAUGGCACUACAUCAACCAGCAAUGUUGAAAAUGAAUCUCCGAAUAUCAGUCCCAAACGCAACUCCUCCGAAGGUGCGCUGCUUACAAAAUGCACAUCAACCAGCAAUGCUGAAAAUGAAUCUCCGAAUAUCAGUCACAAACGCAACUCCUCCGAAGGUGCGCUGCUUACAAAAUGCACAAAGAAACAAGCAUCCACGGAGAUGAAAUUUCGGUGUUUCGAUAUCAAUUGGAGCAAAAUCAGUGACCACCUUCUGGAUCGUUUGCGAGCCCUACAAGAAUUUAAAAAAUCCAAUCCAGGUGUAUUUAUACCCGCAGCGAUACGUAUCACCAAGACAGAACUAACGACAUUGAUAAACACCGUGGUAGAACAGCUUCGAAUUAUCGAUACGAGAAUCAGAGCCGAUACUAUGGAAACAGUCGCACGUCAAAUUCUUGAAAAGUUCCCGGCAUUAGAUUACACUGACGACGAUGGGUUUGGAGGCGGCCAAGGUUACAUCGAGCUGAAAUACAAAAUGAUUAAUCGGAACAACUAUUUAAACCGGUUCAGAAAUUCUCAGCCACAUCAAACACUUAUUAAUUCAAUGAGUCUAAAGAAGAAGCGGAACGAACGAGCAGGAACUCUGAGUGAAUACUGGGCGAAAUAUAUAUACAUAUGUGCUCGACUUGCGGUUAGCGGCAGUAUAAAUCUAUGACAAUAAAUAUUAUACAAAAGAACGAGUAAUCCAGCUGCUUUA